CUUACUGCCAAAAUCCAAUACAGUCAGUUGUCAACUGAACCCACUUUGAAAAGCACGUGUUCUGUCUUUAUUUAAUUGACCCAAACUUAAACCCUUCAACGUUAUUACUCGGUGAACCUUUGCCCAGGAUAAAAAGAUGAGUUUCUUUUCGCCAAAGGAGCUGGUGGAGGAGGGUGACCUGGUCAUCCUCUAUCUCUCGGUCAACUCCCAGUAUCCACUUCAGGUUCGGAAAACAAUUAAGAAUCGCAACGGGCAAUGGGUGGAGAACAAGUUUCAGUCAAUUUAUGGUAUUUUGGACGUCUAUUCUUUGGUGGGUAAACGGUACGGGGAAAAGAUUCACCUCCCCAAAGGUUGGGGUUAUAUCCUCCGACCAAGUUGUGAACUUUGGACGAAGAAUGUUCCACAUCGAACACAAAUCAUCUACACGCCAGAUAUCUCAAUGAUUAUAAUGGGGUUGGGAUUAAUUCCUGGGAGUACAGUGGUCGAAGCGGGUACUGGAAGCGGUUCUCUGUCCCACGCCAUCAUUCGAGCUGUUCAUCCUACUGGGCAUUUGUACACUUUUGACUUUCACGAAAAAAGAGCUGAUGCUGCUAGGGUGGAAUUUAAGGAUCACGGACUGAGUGACUGUGUGACGGUGGGGCAUCGGGAUGCGGUGUCUGACGGAUUUGCAGAUGUCAUCCCAUGCAAAGUGGACGCCGUAUUUUUGGACCUUCCAAUCCCUUGGGACGUGGUCCCUCAUGUUCAAAAAGUUUUAAAACGAGGUGGAAAACUUUGCACCUUUUCUCCAUGCAUUGAGCAAGUGCAGAAGACCGUGGAGGCUCUGAAGGCGAGUGAGGACUUUAUUCAGAUUAAGAGCAUGGAGGUGUUGCAACGACCCAUGUCGAUACAAACAAAGACAUUGAUGUCCAUUGAUUUUAAUGAUGAGAGUGGCUGUGAGCCUGCGGAAGAUGGGUCGACAAAGAAACUGGCACCAGUAAAAAAAGAUGCAAAUAAGUUUCGCACGCUUUGUACCACCCAAACUAUUCAGGGUCACACGGGUUAUCUUACAUUUUCAACCUUUGUUCCAGCAGCGGAUAAAUCUUCCUAAAUACUUUGUUUGUAAUACCAUUUUGUUACAAUUAUUAACUAUUUAUUUGUCAAUAAAAAGAUUGACAGUAAAGCUUACUGUCUGCUAAAAUGAA